GUCCGUCCUGGUCAGGUCAGGCGCUCUCUCGCUCCUCCGUCCCCGCAAGAAAUCCCCAAUCCUCCUCACUCCGAUCCACUCGAUCGAGCCCUAGCCCCCCGCCCCCGCCCCCGACCCAAUUCCGGCCGCCCCGAUCCGAUCCGAACCUCCCCUCCCGUCCCGUACCCCGCAUGCGAGGCUCCGGCCGGCGGUAGCCUCGGACGGGCAGUCAGGCAGGCAGGGCGAUGGAGCCGCGCAUCGGCAACAAGUUCCGCGUCGGCCGCAAGCUGGGGAGCGGCUCCUUCGGGGAGAUCUACCUCGGCACCAACGUGCAGACCAACGAGGAGGUCGCGAUCAAGCUCGAAAAUGUCAAGACAAAGCAUCCGCAGCUGCUGUAUGAGUCAAAGCUGUACAGAAUACUUCAAGGAGGAACUGGAAUCCCAAACGUCAAGUGGUUUGGUGUAGAGGGUGAUUACAAUGUUUUGGUGAUGGACUUGCUGGGCCCAAGCCUCGAGGAUCUCUUCAGUUUUUGCAACAGGAAGCUGUCUCUAAAAACUGUUUUGAUGCUUGCUGAUCAAAUGAUCAAUCGUGUUGAGUUCGUCCAUUCCAAGUCUUUCUUGCAUAGAGAUAUCAAGCCGGACAAUUUUCUCAUGGGUCUUGGGAAAAGGGCAAAUCAGGUUUAUUGUAUAGAUUUUGGGCUGGCAAAGAAGUAUAGGGAUACAUCGACACACCAGCACAUUCCAUAUAGAGAGAACAAGAACUUAACAGGAACAGCAAGAUAUGCGAGUGUAAACACUCAUCUUGGAAUUGAACAAAGCAGGAGGGAUGACAUGGAAUCUCUUGGAUAUGUGCUGAUGUACUUCUUGAGAGGAAGUCUUCCAUGGCAGGGUCUGAAAGCUGGGAACAAGAAACAGAAGUAUGAGAAAAUCAGCGAAAGGAAAAUUGCCACUUCAACUGAGGCCCUCUGUCGUGGAUAUCCUACUGAAUUUGCAUCUUAUUUCCAUUACUGCCGCUCACUGCGCUUUGAAGAUACGCCAGAUUAUCAAUAUCUCAAGAGAUUGUUCAGAGACCUUUUUAUUCGAGAGGGGUUUCAAUUUGAUUAUGUUUUUGAUUGGACGAUUCUCAAGUAUCAACAGUCACAGAUGACCAGUGCUCCACCGCGCGCCAUGGCCGCGGCAGCAGGACAAAGCUCUGGGAUGGCUCCCAUGGCAAAUAGACAGUCAGCCACUGAAGAAGGGAGGAGGAGCGGGUGGUCAGAUAUGGAUGGCAUGCGGCGUCAGGUUCCACCUCCAGCUAUAAAUGCAGGCAGCCUGGCCAAACAGAAGUCACCUAUCAGACAUGACCAAUCCACCUCAAAAGAUGCUAUUUUCUCCAGUUCGACUUUGUUGGGACGGUCAAGCGGAUCCUCAAGGCGACCUGCUGUCUCUAGCAGCCGGGAGCCGAGCACGGACGCGGAGCAGACGCGCAGCCGCACGACGGACGCGAGCCCGGGGGCGUUCCAGCGGUCGUCCGCCCCGCGGUGGAGCCCGCAGGUGGGCGACUCAUCGGACACGAGGGGGCGGUCGUCCUCGGGCAGGCACCAGUCGUCGAGCGCCAAGAACUACGAGUCCACGGUGCGGGGCAUUCAAGGCCUCAACUUCGACGGUGACGACAACAGGAACCACUACUAGGCCCUGAGGCGGAGGAGGAGGCCGGGCAAAUAAGAGGUGUGGUCUGGCGGGGGUGUCUCAGCCAGGCAGCGGCUACCACGGGCGGGCGUGCCGUGGUCUUCUUUAUAACGAAUGAAUGGAUGGAAUGAAUGGUGUUUGAUGACGGCGGUGGGUUGCUUGGCCGUUUUAAUUUGUACAGUUUGUUUCUCCCCUUUGUUGUGGUCGCUUGCAGCGGCGUUAAUUUUAGUCCCUUGAUGAAGAUGGAUGAUGUUCUAUUUCGGAGAGAUGUAUGCAGGCCGGCGUGGCAUAACGCCGCUCGUUUGGAAUCCGUUGGUUUUAAAUUAAAAUGGCCGAAUGCCUGCGAAUA